CGGACCGGUUGGAUCGGUGGUGAAUCGGAGUCCAUCUUAGCACCAGCACCCGGAACUGCUGCAAUAACUGCAGACUCUGCGAUCGAUCGUCAUCCCCAGGCAGGCCCAGGCUAGUGCACUGAAAGAAGGGCCCGUUCGUGCGAACUACGUUGUGUAAAAUUCGAGUGAUUUAUAAAUUUAGAAUAUCAUCAGCUCGGGCACGCUCGAGGACCGCGGCGACGGUGACGCCGCGACACCAGCUCUGCGGGCCUUAGGCAGAGGGCCUCUGGUUGAUCUGGUGGUUAAAUGUGAAAGCGAUACCGACCGAUACACUCUGCCUUCGACGACAUCGACUGGCUGCAGGGAAAUUCGCGGAAAACGGCGCUUUAAUUGUGCAUUGUGCGAUUGCGUUCGUUGGUUCGUGGUGCUCUUGGUGCUCUUUGUUCACCGCGCAUACCACUCGGCUGUGUCGCCGUGGCCACACCCGGAUGCCACACCAGUGCACACCGUAUGCAGUAUGGCUUCUAACCGAUUCGAGUGUUGCAAAAAGUAUUGUGUCGGCGAAAGCAAUGGUUGUCCGUGAGUGCACGAUCACGGGAAGAAAGUGAUCGCGGCCGAAUCCGGUGAAAAUUAUCGAAUAGAAAAGAAUUCCCCAGAGAGCGCAUGAUCGAUGGGCACCACCUCCUAAGCGUGGGACCGUGAUUUCAACUACGAAGCAGAACUUGUGACAUACUUUACAAUCGGGGAUACACUGAACUUUCCACUCUCGGAUACUCGACAUAGGCCGGUGGGGCGACGGUGAUGUUGUUGAUGUCGGACGCAACCCAAGGCUUGCCGAGUACGACAACAAUCACGCGGAGCAAAUGACCGGAACUGAUACGGAAGAAAAACAUUAAGCAAAACCCUGUUCUAGUCUAAUCUGGUGGGAGCGAUGUCUUCGGCCAAGAAGUCAACCAGCACCAUCCACAAGAUCCGCGAGUUCGAGCUGGACAAGGUGGUGCUGUCGGAUGAGUUCGACAUCCUGCAGAUCGUCGGCGAGGGCUGGUUCGGCAAGAUACUGCUGGUCGAGCACCGGGCCACCGACACGGAGAUGGUGCUGAAGCUGCUGCCGAAGCCGUUCGUAUCGCUGACGGACUUCUACAAAGAGUUCCACUUCAGUCUGCUACUGGGGCAGCACAAAAACAUUGUGACCACGUACGAUGUGGCGUUCGAAACGGCCGGCUUCUAUGUCUUCACGCAGGAGUACGCACCGCUAGGGGACCUCACGUCGAACGUGUCCGACAGUGGCAUCGGGGAGCUACACACCAAGCGCGUGGCGAGGCAGCUCGCUUCGGCCAUCGAUUACAUUCACCAAAAAGAGCUGAUACACAGGGACAUCAAGCUGGACAAUGUGCUCGUGUUUCGGUCGGACUUUGCGCGCAUCAAGCUGUGCGACUUUGGGGAAUCGCGCCGACUCGGCGAAGAGGUCCUGCGGCGGAACGAGUGGCUACCGUACAGCCCGCCGGAAGUGUUGCUGGUCAAAACGGAUGAUAAAUACAAGACUGAUACGGCCCACGAUGUGUGGCAGUUUGGGAUCGUGUGCUUCGUAUGUCUGACCGGGUGCCUGCCGUGGCAGAAGGCGUCCAACGACGAUCCGCGGUACAACCGGUACCAACAGUGGCACCAGGCGACGCUCACCUUCCCGAUGAAGCGCUGCCCGAAGCUGUUCAAGCUGCUGUCGGCGAGGGCGUGCAAGCUGUUCAAAAAGUUUCUGGACCCCCGGUCCGAGCGGCGCCUCAAGACGCUCAGUGACCUACAGAAGUACCUGGACGAUCGGUGGCUCGGCAAGACGGCGGAACGGGAGAUGGCCGAGAACGAGCCGGACGAGCUGUGCCCGUCGAUGUACUCGUUCCACAGCAGCGUCGAGGAGAAGAACAAACUGCUGGGGACACUGGCCCAGUGCGGCAUCGAAACGACGGUGGAUCGGGCGGCCAAGAAGAACCGGAUCCGCGACUGGAUCCAGUCGUCGGUGAUCGCCGAAGAGGAGGAGGAAGAUGAUUCCGGCACUGCGACACCCUCGUCGACCGUGUCCCGGACCGCCGUGCCCGGGCACGUAUCAUCGGUGGCGGCCCUGGAGAAGGCUGAGAAGAAGAUCAACUCGACCGUGAAGGAAGCGUCCCACAAGCACAUCGAUCCGCGCACCGGCAACGUCCAGAUCGGACCGAGCGAGAUGGGAUCGGUGAGUGGGGCUGACGGCAACAACAACAAUGGUCCGGUUCCCAACAUUAACGGCCACUCGGCACCGCCGGCCGGCGGCCGUCACAGUCUCCUCCAAGCCACGCACGGCCUGGUGCGGGUGGCAUUUAGCUCGGUGGCCGCCGUGACGGUGCCGGAAGCAAACCGGAACGGGGCGCUCGGCAAGAACGGCACCAGCCGGGUGCUGGACAGUGGCUACGGUAGCUCGAACGGCGGCGGAGGCACGAAGCCGACCGGCAGGAAGCUCACCAAAUCGCCGACCCUCCAGAAGCGGUCCAACCUGAUCCGCUCGGAAAGUGCCCCGCACGAGGAGCAGGAGGAGCCGGACGAGCGCGACAGCCAGAGUCUGGAGUUUGACGAGCUGGAGACGGACCGGGGCUCGAACGGGUUCCUGAACGCGCCGGAGAAGCGGGCGGCCGACAAGAAACCGGAAAGCACCUACGACAAGCUGUUCUUCCGACGGAAAUGAUCCUUGGAUCCUUGGGGCCUCUAGUUCCCCAACCCACCACGUGCUCGGCAAUCGCGGCGUUGAUCGCUUGUGGUUUGGUUUCACUUAUUCACACCGAUGCACCGAUGAGUGAUGUUUUUGAGGUUGGCACCACCGUAGAGCAGUAGAGCAACUCUGAACUCUGCACCAGCGCCAGCGCUGUGAUUGCCGCGUCCUCCCAAAACUUGAGCCUGGUCUUUUCCCUAGCUUGGUCAUUGGUCUUUUCUCAACCCAAGCCGGCAGAGGCGGCCGAAGCGGCGCACCGGACCAUGCGAACGAUUGUGGACCAUAAACUUGUU